UUGUAUAGUCUGCCCGUGCUAGGCUGUCAGAUGUGGGCAGGAGAGACAGGCAGCGCUAGUGUAGUGGUCAGUGUGUAUAUGUAGAGUGAUGAUGAGUGUACAUGGGGGUGAUGUUACAAUGCGAUGUGAGGGAGGUGAGGGGUAGCAGCACACAGUACACCACACACAGCAGGGGGCGGGCAGGAAGCAGCUAGUACAUGAUCCCAGGAGGCUCCAGUCCUCUCUCACACCCAGCAGCAGCGCAGGAUCAGUGAGUGAGGGAAGAGGCAGGGCAGUAAGUGUGGUCAGGGGGUUAUGAGCGGAGCACUCUCCGUAGUACUGUCAGGAUCACAUUACUCGCUCCCGCUGGAGUGACCAGAGUGCGGAUUGGACUGAGCAGGAGUGACCGUCAGGCUUCCACAGCUGCUGUAAGAGAGACGCCGCUUCCAAGAGCACUGAAACAUGUACCCGUAUCUGCUACCAGCUGGGGAGGCUAUUUGAGGUAUCUUCAUGCUUCUCAAAUGUCUACCUUGAUUGGACUUCUUAAAAAUGAAAUGCUCACACGUGUCUCUAUGAAUGAGCUAGUACAGUGUCUGCUUGAAUGGAUCCAUCAGACGCAAAGGAAGAAUUAAAAUGGUGUGCUGCCCACACGCAAGAGGAAAGUCUGUCCUUGAAGGUGCAAGUUUCUCCAUCAGGGGCCUAUAGAAAGAUGGAGGAAGAUUGUAAAGAGAACAUUUUCCAACAUAUGAGUAGUUCAACCUCUUUCAAACAGGACUCCUCUCCUCAGGAUACAUCUUACCAGACAGAACCUCAGAAUAGUGCUCCUGUUUCUAAUGGUCGCCAAGAAAGUCUGGAACUAAGCAGAACAAUGAGAGAUGCGAUGCCUGCUCUAGAGAAGCUGUUAUCAAGUGACUGGAAGGACAGACUCUUGGGAUAUGGAACAAUAGACAACAAAGAUGUGAAAGGUACCCAGGAGAGCCUGGCAGAGAAGGAGCUGCAGCUGUUGCUCAUGAUUCGCCAGCUAGCAGGGCUAAGGGACCAGUUGCUUAGUGCACACUCUGAGCAUAGGAACAUGGCAGCCAUGUUGUUGGAGAAGCAACAACAACAGAUGGAGCUUGCAAGGCAACAGCAGGAGCAGAUUGCCAAACAGCAGCAGCAGCUUAUCCAGCAGCAGCACAAAAUCAAUGUGUUACAGCAGCAAAUUCAGCAAGUAAACAUGCCCUAUGUGAUGAUUCCUGCAUUCCCUUCUGCUCAGGCUGUUUCCUCGGAUCCCCAAAUCUCACCUCUUAUGCAGCCCAUUUCUUGCAAGCCAGUGGAAUAUCCCAUGCAGAUGCUUCAUAAUCCGACUCCACCAAGAGCUCCGUCUUCUGGAAAACAGGAAACAUCGCAGCCUCUGAAUCUGACAGCCAAACUGAAAGGCUCUGAGCCAUCUCCUACCUCCAGGAACUCUCCAGCUUUAAAACAAUCCCCAGGAGGUUGCAAUGGUGGGGGAAGCAGCAGAGAUCAUGCGCCCAGCCCACCAAGGACUAAUCUACCGCUUGGAUUCUUGGGUGAAGGAGAUGCAAUUACUAAAGCAAUACAGGAAGCCCGACAACUUCUUCAUGGACAGAACAAAACACCAGAGCACCAUGAGAGUCACAAUGUUAAGGAAAUGCUUGAAGCCAUGCCGGAUAAGGAGCUGCACGAUGAGUCUUCUCUGCAGCAUGGGGAGGAAUCUCUGCUGAGGUGCAGCAUGGAUAUUGAUGGUUCUCGUCAUUUCCCUGAAGGCCGUGGCAGUCACAUUAAACGCCCAAUGAAUGCUUUUAUGGUGUGGGCGAAGGAUGAACGAAGAAAGAUCCUGCAAGCCUUCCCAGACAUGCACAAUUCCAGCAUCAGCAAAAUCCUAGGUUCUCGUUGGAAAUCUAUGAGUAAUUCUGAAAAGCAGCCAUACUAUGAAGAGCAAGCACGACUCAGCCGGCAGCACUUGGAGAGAUAUCCGGACUACAAAUACAAGCCUCGGCCCAAACGUACCUGCAUUGUGGAAGGGAAGAGACUGCGAGUUGGAGAGUAUAAGGCCCUAAUGAAGAACAGAAGGCAGGAUUCCAGACAUGGAUAUGUAAUCACCUCUCAAGGGUCAUUGCCAAAUCCUCCAUCACCAUCUGGAUUCCAGUCACAGUCUACAGGAAAUAUCUCUCAAUUGUCCACUCCUGACAUGUACCAGGUUCAUGACAGUCUGCCAGUCAUCCUCAACACAAGAAGCCUUCAAACUCAAGACCCAAGGGCGUCCAUGGCUCAUAUGCAUGAACUCUGCAGUGACUCUGACGACUCUGGGAAGAGUGAUGGAGAACUUGUAGUUAUAACAGAUUAAAAAAGCAAGUCCUGGUGUCCUGUGCUGUGGGUAUUGUGUACAUACAGAGAAACUUAGUAUCAUCCUCUCUGCAGAAUUCAGAUGCAUUUCCAUAUUUUGCAAUUUCAGUGGCUCCCACCAUUAUUUCUGCUUGGAUAGGUUAUGGACCCACGUACAAUGCGUUAAAAAUAUAUAUAAAAAGAACAUGGACAGUUUACAUGAAAAUGUCAACUGUUUGAAAAAUAAAUUGUGUCUGCAGUUAAUCGUUUUGAAGGAUUUGGCACUUUUAGGAUAUGCUGUAGUUGGAAAGCAGCUUGGCUGAUUUAGGGAAAAAUGGGUGGACAGUUUGAGAAGUUUCAUAAAAAUGGGGUACUCCUCCUUUGGUGUUACAGGGACCGGUACACUUGUAUAAAAUAUGACUUGCAAUGAGAAUGCAUUUUAUAGGAGGGGGUGGGAUCUGAAAUUAACAUUUUAUAAUUUAUACAUGGCAAACUACCUAUGCAUAAAGCAAACCUGCCUACCUACAUAGCUGUAGAAAGUUAUAUCAGUUCCCUUCAACAUAUUUUACUCUUGCAUUAUAGCAUAUGCAAAUGAGGUAGAAUGCAAAUUCAUUUUAAGCGUUCGUAUAUUUUAAAUAGAAAUCUGGCCCCCACCACUUCAGCUUUAGGAGAUGUAGUUAGAAGGUACUGCUGUCUAGCACCCUGUCAUCUAGGCACAUCCUAGACCCACGGGUAGUAACUAAUGUAUUUGGAGAGCUGGGAUAAGGCUUUCUAAUAACUGGUAUACCCAAAUAGAAUUUUAAAAAAAUCUUUGUUAUUGAUGCAUUCAAUUCUUAAGUGGGUGCAGUCUGAACCACCAAGGCUCACCAGCUUGUACAGUUGAUAUAGUCAGUGGCUCUAUUUUGGUAGAUGGAACAGUUAAUACCCCUUUUCCACUAACAGGAAAAUCCUGGGUUUUUGCUCAUGAAUGCGCAUCAACCUGGGAUUUUUGUAGGUGGAAACUGCUCCCUCCAAAAACACCCGGGUCGAGUGACCUGGCAAUCCUUACUGGGUAGCUAGCAGGGUUUUACCCUGGAAGUACCCAGGUUUACAGCAUGGGGAGAGCUGCAUUCCUGGUGCAAGGAGAUGAUGUCAUCGCCAAGCGCUGGUACUGCACCCGUGUGCAGUGUGAAAGGCGCAGACCUGGGAAUAAUCAGUCUGCACCAUGGUGUGAAAGGGGUAUGCCCUGAGUUUGACCCGGAUUGGAACAGUGUUCCAACUGUCAGGUCAUACCCCGGACUUUGGUGGAAAAGGGGUUUAAGUAAGGCUGACUUCACCAACUUCAGAAAUCUUAAUGUGGUUAUUAAAAAAGUAUUGUAGUUAGGGUGGUAAGAGAUCUUGCAUUCUGAUGCUAGAUGAAGAGGUGGAGGUGAUUUAUCAAUUUGCUUAAUACCAGUGUGCUUUUAUAUAAGGCCCAUUUCAUAAUUCAAGUUCCUUAUGUUAACUAAUUUUUGGCAGUCACAACAGCGGUGUGCAAUCAUUUUUACACCCUCAUAGUGCCUUAUUUGAAUGUACAGAAGGGAUUCGAUCUAACAAGUCAUAAUUCUCAUACCUCAUAAGAGACACAAUAUAUAUAUGAAUAUAUGUAUAUUUUUAUACUUCUGUAAAUAUAGAUCAUAGAAAAUCUUUUUUUAUUAUGUUAAAUAAAAAGAAAAUAACUUAAACCUGAA